AUGAAGACUUCUACCAUCACCACCGCCCUGGCCUUCGCCCUCUCUGCGGCUGCUGCCCCCAGCGCUGACAGCUACGGAAGCAAGAGAGGCAAGACUUGCCCGACCAACACCGCCCAGCCCGAUGGCACCCUCGGCAAGUCCUACGUGAACACCAGCCUGCUGGUUCCCAUCUCCAAGAACCUGCCCAGCGUUGCCUUCCCCGCCACCAAGAUGGCGAUUGUGACCCCCAACGACGUCUGCACCGUCUUCAACCUCGACUUGCCUGUUGCUCAGACCCAGGGCAAGGUCUGCAACCUCGUUUUCGACUUUCCCUCAUAUGACCAGCAGGCUCUCGGAAAGUACCUCUUCCACGGCCCGGGUACAUUCCAGUUCACUGGAUACGCUAUCGGCGCCGGUGCCGUGGCCGGAGUCACUUCCUACAACAAGCAGCCUGCGCCUGGCCCGAGCCCUCCCAACCCUCCCCCCACCAUGACUCCCGGUCACAGCUACAUCGUCAACAGCGCCCCUUGUGGCAUUCCCGCCAACGUUCCCGGAACUGUUACUGUCUCUGGUAGCCUUUGCUCUCCCGAUACCGUCUUCUCUUUCCAACAGAGCAACGACGGCUGCCCUCUCGGCUUCUAUGUCGUCCUGACCGAUGCUUAA